AUGUCUGUUGUGGGAUCUGUCAUGCAUGCAAGGUGGGCUCUUUUAUUUCCUCCUGUUUCUAUUUCUUUAAUUGUCCAUAAUUUACUUUUAUCAUCCCCUCUCUCUGUACAUUCAUUUGCCCUGCCUUCUACGAUUGCAUAUGGCGGCACCGUCUGGAUCAACAAUAACGAGUCUUUGGAUUCGUGGACUACUCAAUCAUAUGGCACAGGGGCACUCACAGUCAGGCCAAUUCUUCUCACCGACAAUACAUCAUAUAACGGUGAGAAUCUGAGGUUUGGAUGUGGAUUCUUCUGUUAUUCUGUUCCUUGUGACACAGGCUACAAUUUUGCAGCUUACUUUGUUCUGUAUGAAACUAAUUAUAGUGACCCAGAUGACCUGCAAAUGGUGUGGACUGCAAACAGAGAGCGUUUGGUACAAGAAAAUGCCACCCUUGAACUCACCUCCAGUGGAGAUCUUGUGUUGAAAGACUCAGAUGGUACUGUAGUGUGGUCUACAAAUACAUUCACAAAAGAUUUUCAAGGGAUGAGGAUUGAAGAAUCAGGGAACCCGGUGCUCCUCAACCGUUCAAAUGGAACCAUGUGGCAGUCCUUCGACCAUCCCACUGAUUUGUUGAUUUCGGGUCAGAGAUUGGAGGUGGGACAGAAGCUUAUUGCAAACAGCUACUACACCGCCUCAAGUGUAUUUUAA